AUGAACUAUAAAAAGUUAGAUGUAGAAAAAGUUUCAUCUUAUGCUCCGAGCCGUCAUAGUUUUGGUGAUGAUGAUUCUCCCACUUAUUUAGCUAUAAGUCCGAACGGUGUUUGUGCGGCGACUUUUAAUUCUGACACUUAUGAAAUUAAAAUUUACCACGACAAAAACAACAAAUUGACUUUUUUAAAGGAAUUAACAUUUCCUGAAAAAAAAAAAAUAGUGAAAUCUUCAUCCGAUAAAGUAUCUUUUUCUUUCGCUAUUUCCGAUUUCGCGAAUACCGAAAAACAUGGAUUUGUAGCUGUAUCACAUUUUCGACCACCAGAUAUGAAGAAAAAAAUUAAAAUUAAUAAACAAAAUUCGGUCGAAAAUCCAAAAACUACUAUUAAAGUUCCAGAAAAAGGAUAUCCUAUCGACCAUAUUCCAGUAGAAACAUUUGUACUUUCAACAAAAACAGAUUCUAACUUAACUGCUGUAUAUAAUCACGGUGGUGGGGUCGUUAGAUUUUUAAAUGAAAAAAAUGACGAUCAAUCGAACGGAUUUACUAAUUUAAUUGUAAUGAACGCGUCUGGAAUCGCAAAAGUAUUUAUCUAUCAUAAAUAUUUUAACAAUCGUUCUAUAAAUAAAAGUUUGGUCGUGAAUGAAUAUGACUUUCCAACAAUCAUUCAAGAUAAUCUUGAUAAAUUGUAUCAUGAUUCACCGUGUACAAGUUUUUUAAAUACCAUUGUUGAAAGAAAUUUUUUAUUUGUUGAAGAUUACAAAAACCAGAUACUUGAAAUGUAUAAUUUACAAUCCAUGGAUUUAGAAUUGACAUUUCAAAAGCAUAAUCCAGUCAUUCUUUCAACACAAGAGCAUGGAAAGGCUAUUUAUUCCGUUUCAAAACAUGGUCAUCUAUUAGCAUAUUGUAAUGGUACAAAGAAUAUUACGAUUUAUUUAAUGGAAAAUGGACUUGAGGUUACGACGAAAGAAUUUAUUGAUGCAAUCAAAAUCCUUUCAAUUUCAUUUAUUGACGAUGAUGAAAGAUUAUUCGUUGUUACUGAAAAUACCACUAAAGAAGCUACUGAAGAAGCUAUUGAUACAGGCAAUGAAGAAACAUCUGAAGAAGAUUCUGAAAAAGGCACUGAAGAAACCAUUGAAGUAAAUGAAGAAGCCAUCGACGAAACCGAAUCAUUCACUGCAACGAUAAAUAUUUGGGAUAUUUUCACUUUUAAAAAUGAUUUACGAGAGUUUGACGAUGAAUCAAAUAUUUUUAUUUCCUUACAAAAGUCUUAUAGUCACUCAAUAGCUUGUUCAAGUGGAGCUAUACUUGCAUAUUUGCAGAAUGGAGUUAUUAGUGUAUUACCGUAUUUAACUAGUAAAUUAAAACCAACUAAUAUAUCGCCCACGCUUGAACUUAAAAAUGCAUCAAAAUUUAUUAGAAAAGAACCUUGGGUUCGUUAUACAAAAGGUGGGCGCACACCCUCUUAUCUUGAUAAAGAUGAACAAAUUCAACUUAUAAUUGGAGAAACAUCAGUUCAAGUUUGGAAGAAAAAAAAGGGUACUGACACUAAAAAUAAACGGGUUUUAAAAUAUAUUUGGAUGAAUCUAGGUAAAAAGUUGAUUAUAGAUGAAUCUCUUAAGAUUGGGAAUUGUGAAUUUUCAUUAGAUUUGUUAUGUAAUGAUACAAGUGAUGAAAAGAAUAUAGUGGACGAAAUGAAAGAGAAUAUUCAUUGGCCAAAUAAAGCUCAUGUCCUCAAAGAUGCAUGUGUAGCUAUGGAGUACCUUUACGAACGAAGAUACGAACCAGCAGGGCCGAAUAAUCUAAACAAAUAUCAUGAAUUGUUUGCAGGCACUGAAAAACUAAUUAAAAAAUGCAUCAAAAAAAAUCCGAAUUUAUGGAGUUGCUCUGAAGUAAGAUAUGGGAUAAUGUCCAAUAUCAUUCGAUCAAAGCAUAUACCGUUGUUACAUUGGAUAUUAUUCGAUUAUAAAGAAGCAGAUGGCAAUAAACAAGAUAAAACGAGAGUUAGUCGUUACAUGCAUAUUCCAUGUCAAUAUGUAUGGCCUAUGAAAAAGAAAAAAAAUGAUUUGAUGCUUGCUAUUAAACAAUCUGAAGAUGAAAAUCGUAGGGAUAAAUCUAUUGUCGCAAUGUUACUUGAAUAUUAUUCAAAUAAUGCAGAGAAAAAUACAGGUUGGAUGUUUACGUUUACAAAGUCUCUUCCUUCGCUUAAUCAAUUAAACUUUGAACCAUAUUUGAAAGAAUUAUUUUACAAACCUUGUUUUGGAUCCAAAGAAGAGUGGGUAGAUUCAAAGUUUGUGUCUCCAAGUAAAUUGAAAAAAGGAUAUAAAUCGGAAAUUUGUUCAUUGAAUGUGAGACCACGACUUUUACUGAAGCAAAAUGAUCAUUCAUUGUGGAGAAUAUUUAAGACAAAAUAUCUUGAAGGAUCAAAAGUAUCCGAGGGAAAUGCUUCAAAUGCGGAUGAAAUAAGUACAUCAGCAACGGAUGAAAAAAAAACACAAGUAACGGUUGAAUUAAAUACACCAGCUACGGAUGAAGAAAAUAAACAAGCAACGGUUGAAAUAAAUACACCAGCUACGGAUGAAGAAAAUAAUACACAAGCAACGGAUGAAAAGGGAACUGAUGAAAAAAGUAUAAAGGAUAAAAAAAUUACACGAGUAACGGCAGUACGUGUAGUCCCGUUACCAGAUUUUAUUGUUUACCCAACUCAUGUGACAGAUGUGACAGAUAAAACACAUGAUAAUUGGAUUAUUCUGUUCAAGCUUAUCAAACUCAUAUUUUGGCCAAGACGUUAUUUAAUUCAUGAUAAAGAUCAUUUUAGUCCUUUUCUAGAACUUUUAAGUAAUAGUAAAAAUGAACAUUUAUAUGAUAAUCCAGCAAUGGAAGCUUGCAUUGAUUUUAAAUGGGGAGCAGCAAGGAAUCGUUUUUUACGUUUUUUUGUAAUGUUCAUAGUUUUUUCGUUCACAUUUGCAUUAAUUACUGGAUUAAACAAAGAUUCGGCAUUUACAAAAGUAUUGUUGGCAUUAUUUUUUUAUAUUGGAAUUUAUCUUUUAGCAACGGAAUUUGUUCAAUUUAAACACGAGGGUUUAAGAUAUUUUAGCAUAUAUAAUAUUCUUGAUGUUGCAUCAAUUAUUCUUGCAUUAAUUACAAUGAUAAACUAUCUUAGUGGUUUUGUAGUUGAAAUUGAAAAGGCCAUCAUUAUGAAAGCAUUUGCGGUUUUACUUUUAUGGUUAGAAUUAUUAAUAGCAACAGUUGCUUUUGGACAUGCAAUGCAUGUCAUAUUAGAGCAUCCUGAUCUUAUUCAUUUGAAACCUAAUGGCGACAAAUUUAGUAUAAACUCAAAAAAUCCAGAUCUUGAAGGCCUUACAAUGGAACAAGUAAUUGAUAUUGAUGAUCCGAUGGACAAUUAUUAUAGAAAAUUGACAUAUUCUGUUAUAGGUGCUUAUUUUUGGAUCCUUGGAAGAUGGGAUCAAUUAGAAAAGUGGGACUUUUGGCCAAUUUAUGUAAUUAGUAUAGGUGCAAGUAUUUUAAUAGUCAUUAUUAUGCAAAAUUUGUUGAUCGCAUUUAUGACAGGUGUAUAUGAGAAUGCAAGAAAUAAUGUAAAAUUGGCGGUGUUAGGUUAUAGAGCUGACUUAGUCGCUGAUUAUGAAACGUUAGAAAAACCAUUAGGUAGCUCAAGAGGGAACCCGAGAUACAUUUAUUAUGUUGGAAAUGCUGAAUAUCAAGAAAAUUGGUUAGAUAGAGCUGAAAAACAUAGGAAAUUUCACAAAUCAUUAUUAAUUGAAGACAUUAAUUAUCAAUUAUUACGGUCUCCUAAUGAUUCAGAUAAUUCGAAUGAUUCGGAUGAUUCGGAUGAUGACGAACAAGUUGUAAAUGUGGUAAAUAAAGGUAAAAAUGAUCAGAAAAUUAAAUUGACUGUCAGUGAUCGUAAUGAUGAGCAACACUUUAAAUUACAAGAUGAGAUAAGGAUAUUACAAAAUGAUGUUAAAGAAUUGCUAUCGUUUAUUAAGAGUAAAUGA